UUUAGAUUAGUCCGCGUGCAUGGAGCCGAGCGUUCACAGUCGGGAUCGAGAUCGAGAUCGAGUAGCUAGUGUCUCGCUGCCGAGCGUCGUCGAAUGGGUGUUGGGAAAUAUAUAAAUUAAUAGCUGUUAUUAAAAAAUUAACGGUAAUUAACGUGUGGUAACGGGUUAAAUCAUUGUUGCUGUUAUGAUUGAAAAUCUUCGAUCAUUUGAGAAUUUGGGAGACUCCGGUUUAUCGUUGUAAACUGGAGCCGCCGACUUCCCUAAGAAAUCUAAAAAAAAAAGACAAAAACAAAUAUCGCAAAUUACUCAGAACGUGAGACGGAGUUGUAACAUCCUCGGAGAAAAGUUUCUGUAAAAUCCACGGAUCCAUCAACGUUCAGUCAUGAGUUCUGUUACAGAAACCACAGUUAAUAGACUCGAUGUCAUGCGCGACCACGAGAUAGGUGAAGGUGUGAUGAAUGGAAACGCGUUUAAGGAUGUAUUACGCGAAUCAACUGCCGAAGCAGUGCGAAAAAGAAUACAGGAAAUAAGAGAAGAUGUUGUGGGACACGUUAACAAACGCAUUAACGAUCUGAUGUCCGAUGUUCUAGGGAACAUAGAGGUACCUUCGUCGAACAAUGACAAAUUUUUGCACAGCAUUAAUAAAAAUUCCGACAAAAGAAAAUCCAGCAAAAAGGAUGGGCUGCCGGAUAAGGAGUUUCUCGCGAGAAACUCGUUGCUCACUGAUCUCUUCGAGAUCCCGCACAUUCGCACAGUUUACAAUCUGUUCAUGGUGACCCUCAUACUCCUGCUUUUCAGCACCAUCGCAUCCGACAUUAUGGAAUACGGAACGGUUCGCGCUGGUACCAAAACCUUACAAAUUGGUUUUGCAAAGUUUCCAACAUGCAUCUAUAUUUGGUUGCUAAUGCAAACAUCGACAUUCGGUGUCUACGUGGCCUUCACCCUCUGGGCGAAUCAACGUCUCCGAUUCUUACCAAAAUCCUCCAUCCGGAAAUUUUGUGAUUACACCUGGUUAUCGGCAUUUAUAUUAUAUCAAGUCGUCUUCUUCAUUAUUCCUGUCAGGAUGUUAAUCAAAGAAAAUCUCUCCAUAGGUUGCAGUUUAAUUAUUAUUACUGAGCAACUACGCAUGGUGAUGAAGAGUUGGGCUUUCGUCAGAAGCGCGGCACCCAAGUACUUGUCCUACAAACCCCACAGCGAAACUCCACGACCGAGCGGCCCUAGUUUCUCACAGUAUUUGUACUACCUAUUCGCACCGACUUUUGUAUACCGCGACGAAUAUCCUAGGACUAACAAAAUCAGGUGGACAGUGGUGUUUUGGAAUUUCGCUGAAGUCGGCCUAACGAUUUUCUAUCUCGCCUUGAUCUUGGAACGUUUAGUAGUACCCGCCUAUCACGUAUUCGGCACGCAGUACCUAGAUCGGAAAUGGUUCGUCAAAAAUAUCAUCGAGUCUAGUGUUCCCGGAAUUCUCUAUUUCGUCACCGGACAAUACCUCCUGCUGCACGCGUGGAUGAACGCUUGGGCGGAAAUGUUGCGGUUCGCAGAUCGAUUGUUUUACAAGGACUGGUGGAACAGCACGACUUACGCACAGUAUUACCGCACGUGGAACAUAGUCGUGCACGAUUGGCUAUACACGUAUAUCUAUAAGGACGUGUAUGAUAUAAUGGCGCGUAACCGAACGCUGGCAGCUACAGCUGUAUUUCUCACUUCCGCCAUCAUCCACGAGUACAUAAUUGCGUUUCCAUUCGGCUUCUUCUAUCCAGUAAUGUUUAUUUUAUUCGCCGGCAUAGGCUUCCCCAUGUUCUUCGUCCGCAAAUACGUCACCAACAACGUCUUCAUGUGGCUGUCCUGGAGUCUCGGCAAUGGCAUUACGUUUAGUCUAUACUCGAUGGAAUUGUAUGCUCGAUACAACAACUGUCCACCUCACCCCAAUUAUUAUCUAGAUCUGUUCAUACCACGAAGCUGGAACUGUCAAAAACAGUUUAAUCCGUAGAUCGUGCUGUUUGUGUUAAGGAUGAAAUCUUUUCACGAACAAGUAAAUUUUUGCUAUGCUCUGUUACAGACUAUUUGGUUGAGGACUGUUGUGAACGACAUUUUACAUAAGUUUAGCGUUUAAGCUAAGUAGAGCGAAGAACAGUUUAACACGAUAAAAUUACAAUUAUAAGAGAGCCAAUAAGAGUUUAAUUCUAUUGUUAGAUAACGUUAAUUCAUCUAAGGAAUGUAUUAAAGGGUAUUAAUUUCUUUUUGAAUCAUUUUCGAGUUAUGAAAGUACACUUUCAUAAUUUGAACAUGAUUCAAAAAGAAAUUUAAAAAAUUGUAAAUAUUUUCAAACUUUUGAUAAAAUUUCGAAAAUGGACAUAAAAAUAUUUUUUGUUUCUUCACUGAAAGCUACGGUCAUCAUAACUGAUGACAUUUCGAACUCGCUCCUUUAUACAGUUCCUCAUAAAAAAACACAACCGAGUGUCGUCUUCCAAUUUUAAUAUUGAUUUGGAUAUGUUAAAAUGUAGAAAGAAAUAAGAAACUUAUUUUUUUAUAAGUGCCAAGUUGAAUGUUAAGAGGUUGAAACGUUCCUUGUAAACAAAUUGAUUUUUCUUCUUUCAAAACCAGUAUCGUCAAAAUUACUUAUAAGACGUAGAAAAAAAAAUAUUUUGAAAAAAGUUGAAUAAUAUCAAAAGUACUUUAUACCAGUAAUAAAUUUUCUUUCAAUUUAUAUUAAUAAAAUUUUUUAAUAAAAA